UUCAUGCUUAAUUUGACGUCGAUGUUCUACGUUGUACUGUCAAAGACAGCGAAUUCCGACAUCGCAGAAAUAUUGCAUCGGCCGAUCAGGAGCUUGUCAUUUCCUGCAAACAGUAAUAUGGGCAUCUUCGUCGCUAUCGCGGUACCGCUCGAAAAUCCGCUGAACUCUAUUUCUCUAUCGUACUUCUUCGAGGCCAACUACGUUUUACCGCCGAACAUAACGUACUUUGAGCCCUGGACGGAGCUAAAAAGGAGAAAGCGGACUAUCGACAGAGCCACGAUCUAUCGAGUUCUGGAAAGUAAAUUCGAGAGCUCCGGGAAUCCCGGAAGAGAGUGCCUUUUGAGAGCGAUCUGCGAAACCUCGGAAUAUCCGCUUCGGCACAACGGGAUGAUCGGCGACAUAAUGCACGUGAUUUUCACUCCGAGCGCGUCGAGACACGAGGGAUUGCCGCGAGAUGUUGUCGAGGCCGAGCUGGUCGGUCGCAAUGGAAGCUGUUUCAAGUACCAACCGCAAUGUCCGCUGGGGCUCUUCGACUUGAUUGGAGUCCUCGCGUGACCCCUGAAAAAUCGUCGCCAAGUUUACCGUGCGGUUUUCGGGAAACAAACAAGUCUAAUUGCGCCGCUAUUGAAAAGCUACGUCCACGUGUUGUCGAAGGUAGAAACGUAACGUGUUCCUAUACAGUGUCGAAUGCUUUGGUAAUUCGAUCUAUUAGAUAGAGAAACGUGUGUCGACGGAAAAUUCUCUGGCAACAGGAUAUCGAAUAUUUUUAGUUGAAGAUAUAUUCAUAUUUAUGUGGAAAAUAUACAUCUUGAAUAAA